GUAGUCGCGUCGGCGGAUAACAUAUUCAAAUUUAUGUGAAAAAAGAUCGUCCAUAAAACUUUGUAGGUUAAUAUAUUCGGAUACAUCACCGGACAGUUAAGAAGUUUAGUUUCUUGUGUUUUGUGUGGAAGAUAAUAUUUGUGUGCAUAAUCUGGGAUUUCGAGUCGCCGAUCUCUGAGUUAUGAUCCGAAGCGAACGAAGAUGAGCACAUCGACAUAACAAGAUAGUCGAGACAACAUCAAAAUGGCAGCAGAAAAUCCACAGGAAAAGAGCGCGACUAAACAUAUCCAAUACACGUUACCAACAUUUAAAAAUAUCAAUGAGAAAUUAUCCGUAAAACUGGACAGAAAAAUAAAUAUUGCAAUUGAUCAGAAAAUGUACAAUAUGAGAAGAAAUUUUAUAAUAUACAGUGGUUUUGGAUACAGACGAGACUUAAUGAGAAGGAAUCCCACAAAAAAGGAUUGCAGUUUCUACAACUACUGCCUUCUUAGUGUUUUAGCUAGUUUUAUACUUGGUUUAGUGAUAGGAGUAGCCAUAGUGCGAUCGACGCAGUCGCAUGUGAUAGCGCAAAGUUUUAAAUCCCGAAGAGUCAUUAAUUUAAAUUCCACGAGAGACGGUCAUACUAGGACUCUUAAUUCAAUAAAAAUGGAUAGUGAUCUCAAAAUAAAUGAUAUCGACGUUUCUGAUAAAGAUUUAGGUAGAUUUAUACCAGUAUCAUUUACGGGCGAUAAAGACAUUCAUAAGCAGAAAAUGGACGUUUACCCUAAAGGCCUGACGGAUCAUAUGAAGGAAAUAUUAAGAGACAACAAGGAAACGAAUCACAGACACAGUAUAUCUAAUAUCAAUUUAACGGUUCACGUUCCUAAUGAUCGAACAAUCCUCUACGAAAAUAUUUUCUGGGGGCCCGAGGUCGAAAACUCGAUGCCCCAAGGCUACGGUGAAAAUAGCGCAGAAGUUUGGGAAAAAUAUAUCGACCAAAGCGAGGUCGUCAAAAUGGAAGCGGGCUGUGGGAGAAUGCAAAACCGCUUAGUAACAUUCAAAGAUGGCGUCCAGGCUUGCGUGCGAUACAGACAAAACACCGACCAAAUACAAGGAGAAAUAUUCAGCUUCUAUCUUGCGAGGCUUUUGAAUUUAACGAACUUAGCACCAUCGGUUGUCAAAGUCGUAGAUCUAAAAGAUAAGCUAUGGAACAGCGUGGCGAACGAUAUUGCGACCGCACAGUGGAAUUCUAACCGAGCCGUUGUGCUAACGCAGUACAUACCGAGCCUUGAAUCAGCGACGAUUCCAGAUAUUUUUAAACCCUCUAAUAGACAUCUGAAUAAAAUAGACGUGAUGAAUAUGUCUCUUAAAGAAAACGACACGAUCCAAGAUAAUAAACAGAUAUUAAUAAAUAAAUUAAAGAAUAAGGGAAUGAAAACGAAGAGCGAAAAUACCGAAAAAUUCGAUCAUAUCGAUGUAAAAUUAAACAAGAAGACGAUCGAUUCGUUUGUAGAGCUCGCGCAAUGGUCGGACUUGAUUAUUUUCGACUAUCUAACAGCAAAUUUAGAUAGAAUCGUAAAUAAUUUAUUCAAUUACCAGUGGAAUAUUAAUAUCAUGGAUGGACCGGCGCACAAUUUAGCUCGGAAAAUGGACAGUGGACUGUUGGUGUUCCUUGAUAACGAGUCGGGGCUCCUGCACGGUUAUAGACUAUUGAAAAAAUAUAAUGUGUAUCAUAGUUUAAUGUUGGACAAUUUGUGCGUUUUUAGAAAAAGAACAGUGGAUGCUCUGAAGCAAUUGCACAGCUCCUCCGUCGGUAGCAAAAUUAGUGAAAUGUUUCAUAGUAAAAAUAACGCUGUGAUAAGAGACAUUCUACCGCCGUUGCCGGAGAAGAACGCUAAAAUAUUACACGACAGGAUAGGAAAAGUGUUGAGUCAGAUCGAAAGUUGUGAGCAGAAGUUCGCGAAUAGAUAGUUUUAGGAAUGUGUAAAUUGACAAGACUGUUUGACCAUAAAUUGUAUACCUACAGUAACAUAGUUCCUGCGGUAUAAAGUGUAUUAAAUGCUAAUAAUAGUGAUAUUAAAACCUUUAAGCAGAUUGUAUCUAAAAUAUUUUUUAUGAGCGUGUUCCUCAUAGCAAUGUCCAAU